UCUCUCUCUCUCUUUCCAAACACCGUCCGCAAAGAAAAACGCUCCCUGUCUCCGUCGUAUUCGACUCGUCCUCCUCCUCGUCGUCAUCGUCGACAUGACCGAGCGUCAUCGCGUCGUUUCGUUCUCAUUAAUCCUAACAGAACCACUGCCGGAAAUAAUGGGUGUCCUCUCGCGCGUGUCCUGUCGCUGUCCCGCGGCUGUCAGGCAGCGUCCGAAUUACACCGACGGCGCAGCAGGACCGUCAGGGCGAAAGCUGGCGUAUUAUUUAUUCAGCUGGAGACGCGACCGGCCGCCACCUCGGGAGAAUGAGGCGCGUUGUUCCCUCCAGCGGAUAGCGAAGGCCACCAUACACUCUUCACGCCAUCAGCAGCAUCGCCGUCUUCUCCGCAAGAUGCUCGCGCGCGGCAUCCUCUGCGCCCUGUGCUCCGCGCUGCUCCUUCUGAAUCUCAACCUGGCCGAAUGGGUGGACAUGCCGCAGUUCUCGGACGAGAACAAGAUUUACAGGAUACCUUCCGUGCAACCGGAUCAGUUCUACAAGUUCCGACGAGGCGACGCGGACAACCACGGCUUCCUGGAGCGAAACAGCAGCCGGGCAUCCCGUCGCCCCGUCGUCAAAGUCGCGCACGCGACGGACCGUAAGAUCGCGGAGAUAAAGGGGACACAUUCCGUUCCGGAAUCGAUCACGGCGUCGUAUCUAUUUCCCGUGCAGAUCGCCGACGCUUACGCGGACAUGGCCGAGGAAAACCGCGGCCCGGAGAGCACCGGCGACGUCGCAAACGAGAAUAAGUUCUCGUACGGACACCGUGCGACGCCGGAUACAACGACGUACAACGCGCUCACGACUCAAUCGCCAUCCUCGAGCACCAUCCCCGCACAGGGAACGCCGUGGGACGAGUCUUACAAUCGCACGCUGAAACAGGAGGAUGGCAUACUGCAAUAUCUGCCCGUGGACGUACUCAAGAGCGUCCACCGUACUCUACAGUCGCAGCCGGUGUCGCUCGAGGGGAAGAUCCACUUCCUCAAGACGUUCGAGAAGACGCUCAUGUCGGAGAUAGGUACAACUUGCGUAUUCGCUUUCUCAUCAUUUCUCACUUUGUUUGUUUACUCACAUUUAGAAUCGCGCCUCGCCACGGCCAUGGCGCCGAGACGAAGGACGAGGGGCGCGCAUUACCAUGGACAUUACGACGAUCACGAGGAUCACUCCGUGGGGUUCCCGUCGAUAGAAGGCGCGCUCAUGGCUAUAUCGUUCCUCACGUUCGCGGUCUAUCUCGUGCGGCUGGUUAUGCUUCUCUUCCGAAAUAUAACCAACCCGAUGACCACCACGACCGCGGCUACGCUGCUCCUCGGCAGAAGGAAGAGAUUCACGGCGGACUUCGACGACGACACCGCCAGGAUACUCGGCAAUUUGAACAGUUUCGUCUCCAAUUUUUAGGUCGUUCCCGCGAUAGACACCGAUAUCGGGUAUCUCGGUGGACGACGAUAGAAUUGCGAGUGGGCGAAACCAGGGGCUAAUCGUUGUGCAUUCUUCGCUCUUCAGUGCGUGCGUCUUCAAAUAGAUAUUUUCGCAAGUUAUUUCUCGCUAGUAACGGCGUCCCUCCCGCGACGUGUCGCCACGAUUAGCCCUUGGCUCCGCCUGUCAACGACGACGUUCCACCAUGUUCGAAUCUGAACUUUCUGAAGAAUCUGCUUCGUCAGAAUAGAUCAUUUCAAAACAAAUCCAAAUCGAUUAAGUAGAUUUUUAAUUCAAACAAUAACCAAUUAGAAACUAACUUAAUAAGCCGGUUUAAAUUAGUUAAGCCGAUUAACGAAUUAAGUAAAUGUUGACCUUUACACAUUAAA